AUGCGUUUCUCCACCGUCGGUUUCUUUUUCGCCUCUGCGCUGGCAGUCAAUGGUGCGGCUGUUCCCGCCAACGACAAGGCUGAUAUUACUGCCCCUAUCAACCCCGAGGCCUAUGCUGCCGACGUCGAAACCGUCACCUUCACCGGUAACAAAGUUAAUGGCGUUGUUGUCACCCGUUCCAUCGAGGCCGAAAGCAAUGCUUCCCUCAACGAACGCCAGGUCGGCAUCACAGCCGUCGUUACUGCCAUCGGCGGCGGCGUCAUGAGUGUCGCCACCGGCGUUGCUGUCAAUAUCGUCACUGAUAUUAUCCGUGCAUACAUUGAUUGGACGCUCGCUCGCGAAACAUUCACCAAGCAGACCACGUCCGAGAUGUGGAAGCGUAACCCCAACACUAAGAAGUUCCACGCUGCCAUCUGCUACAACAAGGGCUAUCGCGUCAAAGACUCCAAGGGUAUCGAUGGCAAGGCCAGCGUUACCCUGCGCUCUAAUGUCUUCCACGUCAGUUAUGACUGCAUGUAUAUGAACGGCCCUAACCAGUUCUGGACUGACGCUGAGGGCGGCUACAUUAACCUAUCCUACACCUACGACCGUAACCACUGCUCUUUUGACCAGAAAACUGGCGAUCUCACCUGCUGGUGA